AUGACUGAUUUUCCAAGUGCAAAUGUUGAUGAACACAUGACUCCCGACGGGAAGAUUCGAGUCGAUGAUCCGACGGAGUUCUUGAAACGUCAACCGAAGAAAAGUAUACUGAAGAUGAAACAGGACCUGUCGCUGGAUGGCAAGGAAGGUCGAGCGCAUUUUGACGAAAUGAAUAUUUUGGCCACAUAUCAUCCCACAGAUAAAGAUUAUGGAAGUAUGAAGAUCGACGAGCCGAAAACUCCAUAUAAUUAUUCAGAUUGCGAAUCAGAAGGUGACGAGGUAACAAGCCGACCUCGUCGAGUGUCACUUGGAGGAGCUGUAGACCCAGAAGAGGUGGCAGAAGGUCUUCACCAUAACGUGGGCAGUGGGUCAAUAAAAUCAUUUGGGUCUGGUUCAGACACAGAUGAUGACGAGACUCAUCUUACCCCGGAACAGAUCGCCCACAAACGAGAGUUCGAGAAGAAGAGAAAGAUGCACUACAACGAAGGUGCGGCGUUAAAAGCGAUGAAGGUACAAUUGGAGGACGAGGACAUGGAAUAA